GUGGCUACAAAACUAAGUAAUAUUACAUUGUGUGUGUAGUGUGAGUUCGUAGGUUGUGCAGUAUGCAGUGUACAUGAAAAAAAGAAACCAUCAAUUUUACUGUGCUUGAGAGAACAUGAUAAAAUUACCUCGUUUGCAUCACUGCUAAACAUGUCGGUUAAGCGCACGGAACGUGGACUACGCAUCGUCUGGUGGAUAUGUGGGUGUACAUUAUGGGGAUUCUGCAUGCUUCCAGUCGCCUACGGUGCCAUCCCCGAAACGGCAUGUGGCCGGGCAGGACAGUUGCUCGGUAAUUGCUUCCGUAAUUUCACCCCAACCGUUGCGGUCGAAGCACUGCAUGCGGUCAAAAUUCCCGACUCGCUGGAGGAAAUCAACAGCCGGUGCCUGAUCUUCAACCGCGGUAUGGAAUGCGUCCGCCAGUAUCUGAGGGAGUGCGUCAAUGCGCGGCAGCGGAAAAUUAUCGAAAACGAAGUGUACGGUGCACAGAAGCUGUACGAGUAUCUGUGCUACGAUCAAGCCUUCCAGCGUGAAUUUCUACGGCACAAGAGCUGCUUCCAGCUGGUACAUCCCGAGUGGGAUCUCUGCUCGAACCAAUUCAUAGGCGUGCUGAAGGAGGAGAUGGCCCGCGUCACCAAGCAGUCGAUCAAUGUUCAAUACGUAAACUUUUGCUGUGCUCGGUAUGCGUACGAAAACUGCGUGUACGACAAUGCUCGCUACAUCUGCAAACCGGACUCGGCCGUGUUUUUGCGCCGCAUCGCCAAGCUGCUGUCCACCGACAAGCACUUCCUCAACUGUGAUAGGAUUGAAAAUGAGCUCUGCUCCGGUGCGGUCCGUGUCCCCGGUGAGUACGUCACGGUGUCGCUUCUCCUUCUCCUCCUUCUCCCCCUGCUCCCGCUGCUACUGCUGACGGUCGGUGCGGUACGGUAGGAGAAACAGCUUGCCAGCCACAACGGUAAUUCGCGGUACGUACCGCGGCGUACCGUCUCAUACAGGGUGUGUAUAUCUUAUUGUUAUUACACAAAAAACGAUUGCUGUACGCGACUGUAAAGAGUGUCGUAUGAAUAAAGUAAUGUUUUAUGUACUACC